GGUCUCUUCCUUACCAAUUCCUCGCUUUUUCUCCUCCUAUAUGUAGCAUGUUAUACAAUCAUCGGGGAAUUCAGUAAACCUACUCAUUCCGUUUAUCGCUUGCUCUUUCAGGCACUUCAUGGGGGUUUCUUCUUCUGCUCUAUUUCUAUGUACAAAUGGCACGGGCUGCAGUUGUCGGUGCUCUGUAUCUUUUGUUGCGCUACUUUGGGUAUGGUUUGGACUUAAAAGAAGCCAUAAUUAUUGUUUGGUCUGGGCUGCGAGGUGCUGUUUCCCUAUCAUUAGCGCUGUCUGUUAAACGUGCUAGUGAUACAGCUCAACCUUUUCUGAAACCAGAAGUCGGAACAAUGUUUGUGUUCUUCACUGGCGGCAUCGUGUUUCUGACACUAAUAUUGAAUGGUUCUACCACACAAUUUUUGUUGCACGCACUUGGUAUGGACAACCUGUCAGUAACAAAGCUUCGCAUGUUGAAUUAUACUAGACAUGAAAUUCUAAACAAUACAUUAGAAGCUUUUGGUGAUCUCAAAGAUGAUGAGGAGCUUGGUCCUGCUGACUGGGUUACAGUUAAGAAAUAUAUCACAGGCUUGAGUAACUUGGAAGAUGAACAUGCACAUCCACAUGAUGACAAUCAUGAUCACGUACAUACCAUGAAUUUAAAGGAUGGUCGAGUGCGUCUUUUGAAUGGUAGGCACCCC